AUGGCGCCAGAGCCCUCGGUCUCGGGCCUCUCACACCUCCUAAAUCCCCUAGCGUCAUCACUACAGCUUGAAACGUCUGCAAGUCAACUAGACGGUGUACCGAGACACCUCGAAGACUCAAUUCGGUUCGAGACCUCACGCCUCGUGCAGGCCGCAGGGAUCCUGCUCCGUCUGCCACAAGAGAUCAUAGCGCAAUGUAUUGUCAUUCUGCAACGCUUCUGGACGGGGCCUGAUGGUGGCAGUCUGCUGGAGAAUGACUCAAAGAAUGUCGCAGCAGCAGCUCUGUACCUGACCGCGAAACCCUCAGCACAUCCUGUGAGCGCAAGGCAAAUACUUACUGUAUUCGAGUAUGUGUCGAGCUUGCAACCUGGGCAGCUGGCCUCGACCGAGUCUGAAAGCAAGCUUGGAGCCUCGUGGCAUCUGCCAGAAGGACAUUACGAAGCGCGAAAACAUGCUCUCUACGACAUUGAGGCCCGUAUCCUGCGUGUGCUGGGAUAUCAGACUCACGUGGCGUUGCCACAUACGCUGUGCAUCAACUAUCUGCAGACUCUAGAUGCCUUUCAGUCGGGAGCAGGCAAGACUGUGGUCAAAGCUGCUUUUGCUCAUUUGAACAGUGCGUUGCUGAGCCCACAAAUGCUGUAUCUGACACAUCAGCCCUCGGCUCUUGCCACUGCUGCGAUAUAUCUCGCCGCGAGAGAGACCAAUACCAAGCUGCCAGAAACGGAUUGGUGGGAAGUGUUUGAUGUCGACCGCGAAGAGCUUGGCUUCCUAGUGGUAGCACUGCAAAGCAUCAAGGCAUAUGCGCUCGCCGAGAGGUCAGGCUGGGGCAGCAGACGAGUUCCACUGAGCGUGGACGAUCUUCGAGCGGAUCUUGAAAGGGCCCAACUUCUUGCGGCUGAAGCAUAACCCUAAUCCUGAUGGACCGAUACGCGAGUGAACGAAGAGGGGCCAGACAUAUGUCCCCUCGUACAUGCAUGCAUAGAGGAUGCUGCUCAGUCUUCCCAGUCUCAUUUUGUGCUGCCACUCGGGAGAAACGAGAGGGAUGCCAUGACCACGCUUUACUCUGCAACCAUGUGUGAAGAAACAACCUGGAAGCAAAGAUGGCAUUGCUUGGCCUCCAAUAUCAUCACUUCGCUGCAACCAUGCACCAAGUGCUGGAGAAACAGCAGUCGAGCAAGCUGCAAACUGGUCUGAACUUCGAGUCCCAAAUAGGUAGAUCCUGUGAGAUCCCCUGAUGAUGUGUACCGCACACGGAUUGCGUCUAUUACAACUCUCCAUAAUCCACAAACGACCCAUGGCAUCUUUCUCGUCACUAGGAAAUAUCGGCAUGAAUGAGGAUGUUGACGCCUGUAGCGGGGAUUGUGUAGUGCGUGGGAAGUGUCGUGCGCGUGGAGAUCAAAGAGAAGAAAACAAUGUUGGAGUCAUCUUUCGAUCUUCUUAGACCUCUUACCAAACACAAACACAUUGACUGCCCGCGCACCAUAACACAACGACUGUCUACAGGCCUGCGGAGACGCGCGCUUUGCCUUCUUCCACCAAACCCAACAAUCACAUUUGUUCCCUCUGCGAACCAGGAAGCCGGUCACUCAGUAAACGAAAUCAUAAAGCAUUCGACUAGGAAGCAAACACAGUCACACGCUCUCUCGCUCUCCUCUACCUGACGCAAAACUGUCCUGCCCACCCUCACCACACAGCACCGAGCAGAAAUCUCUGCCAUAGCAAGGCACUCCAGCAAAGACACCUUCACAUUCGAAUCUGCCCGACAUGCCUCUCUCCCACUCGCCGAUCCAGCGCAAUGACCCUGCCACCAACGCCUCAUCAGACCAGGCCGCCGAAAAUUUGGAGCUCAUGGAGAACGAUUCCGAAAUUUCGAACCGCUUUGCGCGACUCCACGCCAUUCUUGCUGAGGCGUGGCGCCUUAUGGAUGAAAGCGUGGAGCGAGUGCGAAGCUUCACGAAAGCGGUGGAGAUAGAAGACGCAGAAGAAACGCGGCGUGCGGCGUUGGGCACUCGACCAAUGUCCCCAAGACGUUAAAAUAUCUCGGUGACAGGUGGAUAGAUAGCCUACGACAGUCGCGAUCAAGUGUCGUUUCUCGUGGAGGCAAUCUCUGGCUAGCUGCUGGUCAGCUGCUUUUUAUUGAAAUAAGAGCUUUCAGGGUGAAGACGUUGGCCGUGGGGAUUUCCGACAAUGCUGGCCGGUGAAGACGGAGGAAACGAGCAGCGAGGAACGCGGAACGAGGAUGGAGGGACUACGAAUGAUGAACGACGAACGAGGAACUACGAACAAGGGAUGAAGAACGAGGAACUACGAACAAGGGAUGACGAACGAAGAAGGGUGCACUUGUUCAUAAUACUUGUAUGGUAGUUCGUUUUUUUAAUUUCAUUCGCUACGAGACCAAUUUGUCUGACAAUGGUCGAGCAAGUGCAUUUCGUGCCGGGACGCCUUGCUAUGCGUAACUUAUCCCUACCCUUCAUGACUGCCGUCAGCUCAUACAACCUAAAACGCCGCGAGGUGUGUGUGCAGCAUGUCCGUCUCACGACAUCUCGUUUUGUCUAGUACGUCCUGGCCAAGUUGCGCAGGUACCAGUCUACCAGUCUGCGGCCGACCUUUGCUUCGCUCACGUUGAUGAUGUCACCUUCCAUCGCAUAGUCCAGGUCGCUGGUGUUGACAAUAUCACCCUCGAGCAGCCCACCAUCACCGGUGUGCCGAACUUGUCUACUGCGCUGCUUGUUGACCAGCAGCCAGCUACGGAGAGUGUCGGCGUCAACCUCCAAGAAACCAGCGAGCUUGGUCAGGUCCAUUGUCGUGUACAGCUUGAGAUAGCUGCGCACAGUGGGAGUGAAGAUGUUGUUCUUCACCUCCUCCAUAAAUAUCGCGAGGUGGUGCUCGACUGGAUCGACGUUCAAGUGCGGGUUCUCAAAGUCGGGAGGCGUUGGCGAGAUGAACUUGGGGCAAGCGCUGCGGAACAGUUCCUCAAAGAUGGGAAGUGCUUCCGGCCCACCGCGUUGCAUGCGAGUAAGCUGCUCGCCAUACUUUUCGCGGAGUGCGGUGUGGAUAGUGUCGUCCAGCCGGGUUGGAUAGAACGCGACACAGAUGGCGACCAAUGCGUACAUCUGGUCGUUCUUCUUGCUGAUGCUGUCAUACUGAGCACCCUUCUGGAAGUUCUUCGUCCUUGAGACGUAGAUGAGAAUGUGGUUGAAGGCGCGCAGCGCAUCAGCAUAUCGGUGCAUCAUCAUGUAGGAGAAGCCGAUGUAGUAGUACGUAGUGAAAUUCGCAGCCAUCACACGUGCGAACAUGGCCUUCUUGUUGAGCUCAAUGUCGUCAAGUGUCUUGAGGGCCAGGCUAAAGUCACCGAGCAAGCAGUGCACCCUGAGUAGUCCGAUGAUAGAGAAGUAUCCCAGCAUUUGGUACAACGGCCUGUUGCCGUACUCGCCAGCGUAUAGAGCAGCAUCCUCGCCGCGUUUCCGUGCUGCCAACUGUUCACUGAUCUGUGACCGCUGGAUGAGCGAGUAAAGGACGUUCAGGACUGAAUAGCAGCCCCAGGUGUUCGGGUUCUCGCGCAAGUUCGCAAUUUCCUCCUCGUUGUUUUGCUGAAAAGCCACGCGUUGGCGGAAAGAGCAGAAAGAGUUAAACUGGUAGAUGAACUCAUCAAUGACAUCCCAUGCCCAGAAGUAUGAUGGCACCUCGAUGUCCACAGGCCCUUCGCUGUUCAAGAUGAAGUGAAACAGGUUGCAGUAGCUGUCGUAGCUCUGAAUCUUCAAUUCUGUCGAUGCGCCGUACUCGAGCGGUGUCGCUGCCGCCUGAAGUUGCGCCUGUAGGUCCUGUGCGCCUCCUCCAAACGACUCUGUCUGUUCCAGGCCAUAUCCGUCGUCUCCGCCAAAGUUGGCCUGCUCGCGGAAGUCGUUGGCCAAUGCCUCUUCCUCGACGUCGGAAUCGUCAUCGACCUGCCGCGGCGGCGCGCCCUGUUGGUAGGACGGGGCUUGUCGAAGGCUCAUGAUGGUGUUUGUG